AUGGACGACACGCAAUGGUGCGGAGUGACGAAGGAGGACAUCGUCGUGGCUGCCUAUGGCGAUUGUUUGGAAGGCGGUUGGAUGAAGAACGCCUUGAAGUUGAACUACACCAACCUUAACCCAACAGGCUCACUGUCGUGGUUUGGAAACGGAAUCAGUGUGCUGGGCUUCGUCAGGAUGCCUCUGUGCCAGAACCUUUACACGAUUGUGGGAAACGCAGACUGA